AUGGAUGUCGCCCAGACUCUCGUGCGCUCCGUGAUGCGCGCCUUCUACACCACUCAAGAGAUCCUCGUCAUUGAAGCCCUCGUCACACACUCCGUCCUGCGCGAUGAUGAGCUGGCCUAUCUGAUGAAGAUGAACCUCAAGGAUCUACACCGACUCUGCGCAGGCCUGCGCGACGCACGCUUCCUCGUCGUGCACACGCGCCCCGAGAUGCAGCAGGGCAAGACACGGCCCGUCAACCGCACUUACUACUACAUCGACUACCGGCAGACGAUCGACGCAAUCAAGUGGCGCGUUUACAAGACCGACAAGGAUAUGCAGGGCAUCGCCAAGCCGGCCGAUGAGGCUAAAGAGUACUUUUGCCCGCGCUGCAAGGCCCAGUGGACGCAGCUCGAGGUGCUCGACUCGUGCUCGCAGCUGGGCUUCACAUGCCAGCGCUGCGGCACCGUGCUAGAGCGCUCGCAGGAGCGCGAGACUCCGGGCCACCAGCAGCUGUCGCGCAUGAAUAACCAGUUCAAGUUCAUGACCGACAUGCUACAGCAGAUCGACAAGCAAGUCGUGCCGGAGUGCACGUUUGAGAAGGCACUCGCCAAUGCCCGCCCUAUCGUGCGCGACGCGGCUCAUGAGGUGGCGCCUAGUGUGCCCGUAGACACGUCCACCUACAACAAGCCGUCUGCCGUCAAGGGUUUGGCUAAUGUCGGACCUAAGACCAUGCAGGUUACUAUCUCGGAUGGCAACGACGAGCAGGAGAGGCUGGAGGAGAAGCGCCGCAAGGAGCGCUUGCUUAAGGAGAAUGCUUUGCCCUCAUGGAUCACAGAGAGCUCAGUUCCCACCACUUCCAACUUUUCGACUAUCAUCCAGCCGCAGACCCGUUCAUUUGAGAUGGUCGAUGCACAUGACGACUCUUCCAAGCCUGCCUCCAAGCGUGUCAAGCUAGAAGAUGGGGCUGCGGCCGAGGUUAAGGUUGAGGGCAACAACGGGACUAUGGAGAUGAGCUUCAAGAUGGAGGAAGAAGAUGCUGACGAGGACGAUCUGGAAUUCGAAGAUGUUGUGUGA